AUGUCGCUUGGUCUCCAUCCACGGAGUGCGUCGUUCACAGAUGGGAAGCCUGAUCACCCACGAGAGGUUACCGCCCCAGGCUCGACUGUUGCCGCCGAUAUAACCGAACUUAUCGAACUUGAAACGUUUAGCUCAGCGCUCAGCCCUUCAUUGGCAUCUAUCAGUAUUCCCCACAAAGCAGCGAUAACGGAAAAACCACCUACUCAGGGAGGGUAUUUUAAUGCCACGACCACGGCAUGGCUCAAUGUGCUCGGCUCUGCUGCAGACGUUGCAACUAACGUCAUGGGUGAUGAACUCUUGCUAUACCGCUGCUACAUGAUUUGGGGCUCCAACAUAUGGAUCAUCCUUUUCCCUUCCAUCCUGUAUGUGGCGUCGACUGCUAUGGCAAUUGUCACUGUAGUCCAAAGCAGUCUUCCCGGCGGCUUUAUCCUGGAUGGCAAAUCUGAAAACUUCGGUGUCCCCUGGGUCACGCUCACCGUCAGCCUAAACAUCAUAUUGACAUCCAUGAUAUGUGGUCGCCUCCUCUUUAUGCGUCGUCAAGUUCGCUCCGUCUUAUCUCCCGAGAUGGCCUCCAUGUAUACCAACAUUAUGGCCAUUCUUAUCGAAAGCGCCUUGCCAUUUACCCUCCUCGGCAUCGCUUUCUUGGUGACCUACGUCAGGAAUGACUCCAUCGCGACGGCAUUCGCGUUCGUGUGGGGUGCCUUUUGCGCGAUUUCUCCCCAGAUGAUCCUCCUUCGCGUCGCAAUGGGAAGGGGGUGGACAAGUCAAACUGUGUCUGAAGUCACAGGUACUAUGGCAUUUGCUCCACCCCCGACACUCACAGAUUGCGUCGAACCCAGGGAAAUAGCGGCCAAUAUUUCUCUAGAUUCGUCGGAAAGAAUGCCCACCACACUCGGAACGUCCACCAUAGCAAAAAUGGGUUCCGCUCUAUCUCUAAAGAACGAGACGAGCUUUUCUUUCGCUGUAUGAAUAUCGGACCCAUGCAAGAGACCAUUUCCUGGAGCUUGGUGGCAUCCGGUUACGAUCGAGAGAUGUAGCAGAGUCACGAGGGUGUGCUCGUGAGGAAUGGCUUGAGCUCGAGUCAUUUCAUGAUAUGUAUAUGUGUAAUUUAUUGCUUGCCAAUGUCCUUCUUCAGACUUUGAUUGGUUAUGUGAAUUUCUAGUGUAAUUGCUUUUCCUUUUCGCCAUUACAUUUUCUCCCUACAGUACAGCAUUAAU